AUGGUAGAGAUAUCGUUUCGGAGGGCCCGGAGGGUGCGUGUUUCAGAAGCACCUGCAGCAGUUUCAUCCACUCAACACAGGUCUUGUUGAGCAUCUGUAAUAUCUGACUGUUGUAUUUUACUGUACCAUACUACACUGAACAAAAAUAUAAACGCAACAUGUAAAGUGUUAGUCCCAUUUUUCAUGAGCUGAAAUAAAAGAUCCCAGAAAUGUUCCAUACGCACAAAAAGCUUAUUUCUCUCAAAUUUUGGCCACAAAUUUGUUUACAUCCCUGUUAGUGAGCAUUUUGCCUUUGCCAAGAUGAUCCAUCCACCUGACAGGUGUGGCAUAUAAAGAAGCUGAUUAAACAGCAUCAUCAUUACACAGGUGCACCUUGUGCUGGGGACAAUAAAAGGCCACUCUAAAAUGUGCAGUUUUGUCACACAACACAAUGCCACUGAUGUCUCAAGUUUUGAGGGAGCAUGCCUUUGGCAUGCUGACUGCAGGAAUGUCCACUAGAGCUGUUGCCAGAGAAUGUAAUGUUAAUUUCUACCAUACGCCGCCUCCAACGUCGUUUUAGAGAUACCUUGACGAGAUCCUGAGGCACGUGGUCGUGCCAUUCAUCCGCUGCCGUCACUUCAUGUUUCAGCAUGAUAAUGCACGGUCCCGUGUCGCAAGAAUUUGUACACAAUUCCUGGAAGUGGAACAAUUCCCAGUUCUUCCAUGGCCUGCAUACUCACCAGACUUGUCACCCAUUGAGCAUGUUUGGGAUGCUCUGGAUUGAUGUGUACAACAGCGUGUUCCAGUUCCCGCCAAUAUCCAGCAACUUCGCACAGCCAUUGAAGAGGAAUGGGACAACAUUCCACAGGCCUCAAUCAACAGCCUGAUCAACUCUAUGCGAAGGAGAUGUGUAGCGCUGCAUGAGGCAAAUGGUGGUCACACCAGAUACUGACUGGUUUUCUGAUCCACGCCCCAACUUUUAUUUUUAAGGUAUCUGUGACCAACAUAUGCAUAUCUGUAUUCCCAGUCGUGAAAUCCAUAGAUUAGGGCCUAAUUUAUUUAUUUCAAUUGACUGAUUUCCUUAUAUGAACUGUAACUCAAUCAAAUCUUUGAAAUUGUUGCAUGUUGCGUUUGUAUUUUUGUUCAAUGUAUAUGAUCACUGUGGUGGUUUUCGCUAGCCGGUGGAGGUACAGUAGAGUAGAUUAUUGUUGUUGACGUGAUUGUGCUCCAGCCUUCACGUAAAAGGAAAUGGAGUAUUGUCUAUUGCUGAGGCUCCGCCUUCUGCCAAGUCUGAGCUGGUGUUAGUGGACCAAGGUCAAUUGAAACCACAACGUUUUGAACCAACCACUUCUAAUGCCAGAAUCAAUUAACAUUAUGGUUGUUUGUAGCCCUCUGUUAAACACUGCUCUGCUCUUUGUGCUAAUAUUGUUUUCAGCUCUUCCAUGUGGCCUAUGUCCUCAUCAAGUUUGCCAACGCCCCUCGGCCUGACCUGUGGGUCCUGGAGCGCUCCCUGGACCAUGGGAAAUCGUAUGCUCCAUGGCAGUACUUUGCUCGUAAGUAUUACUGUUUUAUUUUCAAAUUCACACAUUUGUCUGUUACGCUGGUGCUUCUCAAGGCUCUUGGUUGGGUCUGGUAGUCAGCUUUUGCAGGACUUGAAAACUGUUGAAACAGUUAAACUGUUGAUAAAGGAGUUAUUGAACUAACGAGAUGACCUGUCGUCCGGUACAUGUGUUGAGAUUGUGUUGCUGCUUAAUGCAGCCUAUUGGGAAUUGGCAAACAUUACAGAUUGUGAUGAAAUACCUUCGAAGUGAAAAAGAUUUCUGAAGUCCAAUGAAAAAUGUGCUGUUCUCCAGAACUGUAAUCCUAAUACUUACCAUAAGUGCAAAGAGCUUGGUUUAUAAGUGACUUAUGAUCCAGUCAGUAGACCUGCCCUCUCCUAUAUACAGUGCAUUCGGAAAGUAUUCAGACCCCUUUACUUUUUCCACAUUUUGAUAGCGUUACAGUCAUAUUCUAAAAUGGAUUUAAAAAAAAUCCCUCAUCAAUCUACACACAAUACUCCGUAUUGACAAAGCAAAAACAGGUUUUUAGAAUUUUUUUAAGAUAAAAAAAAUUACAUAAAAAAAUUAAAUAUCACAUUUACAUAAGUAUUCAGACCCUUUACUCAGUACUUAGUUGAAUCACUCUUGGCAGCAAUUACAGCCUCGAGCCUUCUUAGGUAUGAUGCUACAAGCUUGGCACACCUGUAUUUGGGGAGUUCAUCCUAUUAUUUGCUGCAGAUCCUCUCAAGCUCUGUCAGGUUGGAUGGGGAGCGUCGCUGCACAGCGAUUUUCAGGUCUCUCCAGAGAUGUUCCAUCGGGUUCAAGUCCGGGCUCUGGCUGGGCCACUCAAGGACAUUCAGAGACUUGUCCCAAAGCCACUCCUGCGUUGUUUUGGCUGUGUGCUUAGGGUCGUUGUCCUGUUGGAAGGUGAACCUUCGCUCCCGUCUGAGGUCCUGAGCGCUCUGGAGCAGGUCGUCAUCAAGGAUCUCUCUGUACUUUGCUCCGUUCAUCUUUCCCUUGAUCCUGACUAGUCUCCCAGUCCCUGCCGCUGAAAAACAUCCCCACAGCAUGAUGCUGCCACCACUAUGCUUCACCGUAGGGAUGGUGCCAGGUUUCUUCCAGACGUGACAUUUGGCAUUCAGGCCAAAGAGUUCAAUUUUGGUUUCAUCAGACCAGAGAAUCUUGUUUCUCAUGGUCUGAGAGUCCUUUAGGUGCCUUUUGGCAAACUCCAAACGGGCUGUCAUGUGCCUUUUACUGAGGAGUGGCUUCCGUCUGGCCACUCUACCAUAAAGGCCUGAUUGGUGGAAUGCUGCAGAGAAGGUUGUCCUUCUGGAAUGUUCUCCCAUCUCCACAGAGGAACUCUGGAGCUCUGUCAGAAUGACUAUCAGGUUCUUGGUCACCUCCCUGAUCAAGGCCCUUCUCCCCGAAUUGCUCAGUUUGGCCGGGCGUUCAGCUCUAGGAAGAGUCUUGGUGGUUCCAAACUUCUUCCAUUUAAGAAUGAUGGAGGCCACUGUGUUCUUGGUGACCUUCAAUGCAGCAGAAAUAUUUUGGUACCCUUCCCCAGAUCUGUGCCUCAACACAAUACUGUCUCAGAGCUCAACGGACAAUAACUUCGACCUCAUGGCUUGGUUUUUGCUCUGACAUGUACUGUCAACUGUGAGACCUUAUAUAGACAGGUGUGUGCCUUUCCAAAUCAUGUCCAAUCAAUUGAAUUUACAACAGUUGGACUCUAAUCAAGUUGUAGAAAAUACUUUCUGAAUGCACCGUACCUCCUCAUACACACGCUCACCAGCCUGGUCUUAAAGUGAAGACAUGCCCAGUCCCUGUGAGGCACCUUUCCAGCAGAAACAGCUGUGCCUUAUAUCUCCUUUUGAAUUUCAUUUUAGGCUUUUCUUUGUCUUCUUCUCUCUCUCUCUCUCUCUCUCUCUCUCUCUCUCUCUCUCUCUCUCUCUCGCUCUCUCUCUCGCUCUCUCUCGCUCUCUCUCUCGCUCUCUCUCGCUCUCUCUCGAUUUCUCUCUCGCUCUCUCUUUCUUGAUCUCUCUCUCUCGCUCUCGCUCUCUCUCGAUUUCUCUCUCGCUCUCUCUUUCUUGAUCUCUCUCUCCCUUGAUCUCUCUCUUUCUUGAUCUCUCUCUCUCAAUCUCUCUCUCUUGAUCUCUCUCUCUCGCUCUUUCUCUCAAUCUCUCUCUCACGAUCUCUCUCUCUUGAUCUCUCUCUCUUGAUCUCUCUCUCUCUUAAUGUGUCUCUGGAAAAUCUAUACACUCCUGGCUCUCCUUAUUUUAUGGUCUUUGAUUCUUGGUAUUCAGUAGAUUUAUUUUCAAACAAAUGCCACCGAUUUUUUUACUUUUCUGGGAAUAGGCCUUCCAACAGACUAAACCCUUGGAGCCCUCUGAGAGAGUUUGAGCACUUUUCUGGCUUCUAUGUUCAUAACCAGAAAUAUGAAACACAUGAAUAUGGUAUAACUCAGUCAGUGGUUCGUAAUACUGCUCAAUGUCAAAGAGGAAUAAACCAUAUUGCAUUUAUUAUAUAUUAUGCUUGAAGUCGUCAUGCAGUUUCCCCACGAGUUGUUGCUGUCAUGUCGAUAAAUGAGAUCAGAUUGUCUUAUCAGUGGACAGGGUGCAAGUAGGUCAGAUAACCUAGUAUCCAUGUGUGGAAAGCAGCAGUAAGUAGAAGCUUGUAAAGGCUGCUUAAACAAUUGUUUUGCCAAAUCUGAUUUGAAAAGAGGUUACUGUACCUACCAUGCACAGGUUCAAAAUUUGACAUGUGAACAGGGUAAAAGAGGACACCAAGACAUUGAUGAAGCAUUUGAAUGUACUGCCAGAACAGAGCGCUACGAAGGGCCAGGGGGCUACAGUAAUCAGAAGGAAAAGAUGCAAAUGAGGAAAUUUGAUGAAGUCCCUUAGAAAAAUAACUUCACGGUUGGCCCCUUAUAAAGAGAUGAUAGUGGUUGACAUAUCACUCUGUUUGUUCUUUUCAGAUUCUAAAAGGGAGUGCAUUGAGAGGUUUGGCAAAGAACCAAAUGGACGCAUAGUCCGAGAUGACGACCAGAUCUGCACCACAGAGUACUCAAAGAUCGUUCCAUUGGAGAACGGAGAGGUGAGAAACUCACUGAAUGGGAACAUAUGAUUGUCACAAUGUUGAAUCCUGUAAAAUGUACCAAAAGACUACUACUUCUACAGAGUGAUGGGGAUAUUUGUGUCUGAGUAAUGUUGUUCUUGUCCAGAUUGUGGUGUCCCUGAUAAACGGUCGCCCGGGCUCCAAGAACUUCACCUAUUCUCCAGUGCUGAGAGAUUUCACCAAGGCCACCAACAUCCGCCUGCGCUUCCUCAGGACCAGCACUCUGUUGGGGCACCUCAUUUCCAAGGCCCAGAGGGACCCCACUGUCACACGCAGGGUGAGUCACACAACAGGCACCCAAUUCAGUUCAUUUAAUUUCAUUACAGUUCAGAUCAGUUCAAUUCAAUUUACUUCAACUUUAUUAACCCACUCAGGGGCAACAAGGAAUGCAUCGUCAGCAGAGCACAAACCCACAAUGACAUCGUCUCACACCAACCUGUUAUGUGUAGCCUACCUUCUGCCUCAUUGCCCGAUGUGACAAGAUGUAGCCCCCCCCUCAGCACCUUUCUGCUGACACAAACACACUGACGUGAUUUCUCUCUCGCUGCACAUUCCUUCCUCCUGGUCGGGGCUCCCUGCCAGAGCUGUCUGUCCAGUCUUCACCAGGGUAAUUCCUUCCACAUACAGAGAGAGAAUGUGAAGACUGGUCCAGACAGCUCCCUGGUGCUGCAGGAACAGGCUUCAGUAACACAGACCAGUGUUGGAUGACACACACACACACACACACACACACACACACACUCACACUCACUCACGUUUUUAGAGCAAAUGUGUACUGUAUGAGGCCAUUGUGAAUGCUGCAGUCAUCCAAGUGCAGCACAGAACCCAUCCAGGAAAGCUGUUCGCCAGUUAGUAUAUGAGAGCAUUGCCCCAGAAAAGAGACCCUAGGGUCCUGUAGAAGGUGGGCUGGCUUGACAGACAGACAGUCUAGGUGUCAGUUGCACAACUGAAUGCAUUCAACCGAAAUGUGUCUUCCACAUUUAACCCAACCCCUCUGAAUCAGAGAGGUGCAGGGGGUUGUCUUAAACGACAUCCACGUCAUCGCCCGGGGAGCAGUUGUUGUUAAUGGUUAACUGCCUUGCUCAAUCUGCCUUCCAGAUUUUUCCACCUUGCCGCCUCGAGGAUUCGAACCAGCGACCUUUCGGUUACUGGCCCAACACUUAACCGAUAGGCUACCUGCCACCAUAUACUGUAGGCUACCUGCCGUUGAAAUACUGUAUAAGAUAGGCAUACCUGUAUAACUCCAGCUUCAAUUAUGCUAGUGAGCGUCUGUGGCCUAGGGAUUGACUAAAACCAAAGAACCCAAUGUAACUCACCUCAGCUGCAUUGGCAGACUAUGUCUGGGUUUGUUUAGGUGAGGUUUAUAUGUAGUGUUUCUGAUAGAGCAGAUGGUUGUUAGUCUUGCUACAGUGUUCUGACGGUGUUGUUCCCUCUGUGCGUUGUUGACAGUAUUACUACAGCAUCAAAGACAUCAGUGUCGGGGGACGCUGCGUUUGUCACGGCCACGCGCAGGUGUGUGGAGGGCGUAACCAAGGCAACCCCAAUCGGUGAGUAGUGCACAUCUUUCAUACUUGUUUUUACCUGCUUCUUUGUUUACUGUUUCAUUCUCCACAAACAUAUACUUGUCUGUUGUUGUUUAUACUUACAGUUGAAUCCGUUAUCUUUCAUUCAUUCAUACUGUAGCCUAUUGGACGUAGGCCUGAAUUAUGUAUAUAAAAGUUCCACAAAACAAAAACAGAGGAUUCAUUGAGUAGUUCAGUAUGACGAAUCCUUACUUUAGUUUAUUUGUCAUUUACAGGGGUGAAUGGAUGUGUUGUGUUUAGUGGGUUGUAAAGCGUAUGGGGGAUGAGGUUAACUGAUUUUUAAAAAUGUUUUUAUUGAAUAGCACAGUGAUAGCAUCUGUGUCUGAGGUUGAAGAGAUUGCUGGGGAUUUGGUAGAAAGGAAAUUACUUCAUCUGUUUGUUUCCUGGCAUUGUCAUUGUAAAAGGCACCAGUUUAUUUUAGUUAUCCUGAUUAGUAGUGAUUGUGAGUUUGAUGUAAACUGUUGGCAAGAGGCCAAGAUGAUGUCCUUAUAGAGGUGAUGUAUUUUAUGGGCAAUGAAAAACAAUAAGGGUCAAUGACAUCAUACUGUAGUUUGACAGUGAAUGAUUAAUCUAACCAUUGUAAUGGCUUCAUUCACUUUGGAAUUGACUUUACUUCUUUUACACCUUGCAUCAAGGUCCAUCUAAAAUGGAUUCAGAUAUGUUUUUGAGUCUUGAGUGAACAGUCACCAGAUGCUUCUUAUUGAUGAUAUACUGUAGGCUACAAAACUCCCUCUCUUCAACUGAAAGUCAUAAACAUGAAAGAAUGAUGCAGGAAACCCAGUCCCUUCUUUUCUCCUCCUGUCUUUAGGCUGCAGUGCGAGUGCAAACACAACACCUGUGGUGAGUCAUGUGACCGCUGCUGUCCAGGGUUCAACCAGAAGCCAUGGCGUGCCGCUACGACAGACAGCCCCAACGAGUGCCAACGUGAGUACCACACUCCACCCUCCUCUCUUUGCCACCCUCACCCUCCUCUCUUUGCUUUCUGACUGACUGUCUGUGUGCCAAUGUGUUCCAAACCAAGCAGUACUGACCUGCACUGGUUACGCAUCCACCACAAUCCACCAUUGCUGGAACUGUGCUGGAAAGCACAAUGUGAAAAGAAAAUAACAGAGCCAGCACAGUUUGGUUGGGGGUUGGCAUGAUAGUGUGAAAAGGGCAGUGGGUGCAACUUUGGUUUUAGACGUGGGGGGGGGAGACAUCUUAUUUUUAAUUUUUUUCUGUCGGAUACACACUCCAAACAGCCUACCCGAACGCUUUGAGAUGUCCGCUUGGUCCUAAAGCACGCUGUUGCCUCGUUUUGUAUCACAUUCCAAUGAUAAAACUGGGGGGGACAAAAAUGCAAUUUCAGAAUGUCGGGGGGGACAUGUCCCCCGUUCCCAGUGAAAGUUGCGCCCCUGGAAAAGGGUAUAACUGUUCUCUGCUCUCUCCUUUGUCAUGAAUGUGUUUCAAUGACACUGCAUGAGAAAGUACAGCGCGAGAAAGUACAGCCACAGAAUGUCUUCAUUACGGUUCUCCCAUCAUCUCCUCUACCACAUUAGCUUCAGUGCUUAAUGCCCUGAUAUGGUGUUGGAACUAGGAAGACGCCUAAGCAAACUGUUAAGGGAAUUACUCAUGUGGUAUGUGUGUGAUGUACUGCACUGUAUGCAGUCUACUGUAGCUAGCACAGCACCGCUACUGCUGUCCUCUACAUAGCCAGUCAGCCAGUCAGUCCCAAUGCCAGCUGGUUCCUAAUUGCCCUGGCCUGUUGACAAGAUUUUUCCCUCCCGAGCCCAGAGUCGGAGAUGCUGAAACUCGAGCCUGCAACUCUACAACCGCAGAACAAGAGAGAGAGAUCGAAAGAGUGGAGAAGUCUGUAAUCCAAUCAGUGCACUCACGUACUAGAAAAUGCACCCUAACCAUUCAGAAACAUUAAUGAGGCAGAUUGAGGAGGAAGUAGAGGGUGUACUGUCCUGUUAUGGUUGACUAUAUACUGAGUGACUUUCUAGUGACUUUCUAGUCACAUCACUCUGCUUUAGGAAGAGAUAGUAACUAAAUAUACUGUAAGAUAUAAAAUACAGAACUUUCUCUUACCUGUCUCUGUGUGUCUGUUUUGUGUUUGUUUGUGUGUGUGUGUGUGUGUGUGUGUGUGUGUGAACGCGCGUGCCUCUGCUUCAUGUGUGUGUUUACUUGCUGACUGUUUCGGGGAUUUCUCCCACAGCAUGCCAGUGCCAUUCACAUGCCACAGAGUGUUAUUACGACCCAGAGGUGGAGCAGAGGAGAGCAAGUGUAGACACAUUCGGCAGGUACGACGGCGGAGGAGUGUGCAUCAACUGCCAG